CGCCCCUCUAUGAUGAUGUCUCCAGUAAAGUUUUUCUCUUCUCCCCUGCAGGUGGUAAACUUGCAGUACAGUGAAGUCCAGGACCGGGUCAUGCUCACCGGCCGUCACAUGGUGCGGGACGUCAGCUGCAAAAACUGCAACAGCAAGCUGGGCUGGAUCUACGAAUUCGCCACGGAGGACAGCCAGCGCUACAAAGAGGGGCGUGUCAUCCUGGAGCGCGCUCUGGUGCGGGAGAGCGAAGGGUUCGAGGAACACGUCCCGUCCGACAAUUCCUGAAGUGAUUGUCCCGCCUUCUUUUCAAAACUCUCUGCGACUUCUUUACAUUAUAAACUGUCACCUCCUCCUCCGAGGAACUGAGAAAGGCCUGCUCAAUUAUUUCACCUUUUAUUUAGUUUCACCCCAAUAACCGGGGGGGCCCCUCAAUCCCCGGGGGGGUCCUCAUCCCUGGGGGCCCCCUAAUCCCCGGGGGCCCCUCCCCUCUCUGCCAAUCUGGCAAAUGCCUUAUAAUAUUGAUUGUUUGAUUUGUAAUCAUUUCCUGCCCUCCGUAGUCUUUGUGUCGAUCGCUCGAUCCCUUCGUUGUUCUCCUGUCAGCAGCCUCUUAUCAUACGGAUCAGCUUGUAAUGCCGCAUUUUCAGGGUCCGGUGUUCUGCGGGAGCUUGUGCUGGUCAGCGCCUCAUAGAGCAAAGCUGGGGCUCCACCCACUUGCCCCGCCCCCCUCGCCAUCUCCCGGGUGUGCCGCAGUGUGGAUUUCUAUCAGCAAAAAGAAAAGAGAGAAAAAUUCUUUAUAUUGAAAUGCAGUUUGUUUCAUAGAAGUGAUUGUAGAAUCUCUCAGUAGUCGUGUAAUAAAAUAAUUCUCUGGUGUCA